ACCUACAGUAUAGCCAGACUCUGCAGUUAACCGUAUGUUAAUUUUUCGGGACUAUCGCUCUCCACUUUUUUGGCUGCGUGCUGCAGUAUUUUCAAAAAUCAGAGAAAUAAGCCUUUUUGCAGAAGUUGAGCCUCAGAAAUACAGUAGUUCAGCCUGAGACAGAGAAAACGAUGAUCCAGUCACCAGAAAGAAGCUCCUGUAACCAAAGCAAAAAGCCUGGGCCUGCUUUAAAUAUGACAGAUUUGCCAAAUACAGAACCCCACUUGCUGCAGCUACAAGGUGUUGGAUCAAGCAAAGUGUCAGGAAUGACCUGCUCUCCGGGAAUCAGUUGCCCUAUUUCACACCUCGGGGCGAUGCCUGCAUUGAUGAUGGAACGACAUGCUGUUUGCAUCCCUUCCCCAUACAGGGAUAGCAACCACGAUUGCACAGCACUGGCAUUUUAUAGCCCUUCGAUGCUUGGGUACAGUGGGCACAGUAAUGGCAGCAUUCUGGACAGCCCGACAGUAAGGCCGUGUUUGAGCCCCUCUGCAUUCUGGCAUCCACCAAGCGAUAUUUCCUCAUUAGCCCUUGACUGCCAGCAGAUGCAUACAGAUCCUCCAAGGAGCCCUUGGAAAGAGGAGAGAUCGACAGUGCAAAUACUGUCAGUGAGCAGCAAGGAAAGUAGCAGAAUAAUGAAGAAUUCAGAAGAUCAGGCCAACCCCACUGGGCGCUGCUCGGGUUCGAAACAGGCCAUGCACUACUGCACAGUGUGCAAUGACUUUGCCUCAGGUUAUCACUACGGGGUCUGGUCGUGCGAGGGGUGCAAAGCGUUCUUUAAAAGGAGCAUCCAAGGGCACAACGAUUAUAUCUGCCCAGCUACACAUCAGUGCACCAUAGACAAGAACAGGAGGAAAAGCUGCCAAGCAUGCCGGCUGAGAAAGUGCUAUGAAGUUGGAAUGAUGAAAUGCGGUACAAGAAGAGAGCGUUCUAAUUAUCGCAUUGUACGACACAGGCGUCUUUCUCAAGGCCAAGUGCAGCCCAGUGGUAAAGCCAUCAAAACCAGUGAAAGUGGCUUACUGCAGAUGAGGAGGAUUCACUGCAGUUCUCUGAGCCCUGAAAUGCUAAUUUCUUCAGUAUUAGAGGCUGAACCGCCUGAGAUUUAUUUGAUGAGCUAUCCCAUGAAGCCAUUCACUGAGGUCACCAUGAUGACAUCAUUAACCAGCCUUGCAGACAAGGAACUAGUUCACAUGGUCAGCUGGGCCAAAAAAAUUCCAGGGUUUACGGAGUUCAGUGUGUAUGACCAGGUACACCUAUUGGAGUGCUCCUGGUUAGAGGUGCUGAUGGUAGGGCUGAUGUGGAGAUCUGUUAAUCAUCCAGGGAAUCUCGUCUUUGCAACUGACCUUAUUUUAAAAAGGGACGAAGGGAACUGUGUGGAAGGGCUGCUGGAGCUUUUCGACAUGCUUCUGGCUACAAUUUCAAGGUUUCGAGAGCUGAAUCUGCAGCAAGAGGAGUAUCUCUGCCUCAAGGUCAUGGUCCUCCUCAACUCCACUAUGUUCCCUGGUCCCUCAGAGAAGCCAGAAGAAAUUGAAAGUAGAGAUAAGCUGCUUAAACUUCUGGAUGCAGUCACUGAUGCUUUAGUCUGGGUUAUUUCAAAGAAGGGACUCUCUUUUCAGCAGCAGUCAGCACGCCUGGCUAACAUCCUGAUGCUGCUCUCCCACAUCAGACAUGCAAGUAACAAAGGUAUUGAGCACCUCUACAGCAUAAAGUCUAAAAGUGUAGUGCCUUUCCGUGAAUUGCUGCUGGAGAUGCUGCACACCUACUCUCUGCACUUCCGCAGAAUACCAUCCAUCACGACAUCAGAGUGCAGCCCAGAGGAACAAACCAAGGAGCCCAUCAUCUGAUCAAAGCCAGAAGUAUUUUGCUAGGUAGUAACCCUGCCCAAGUGCCAAACAUGCAAUGGAAGGAUGUAAGUGUCAAUUAAUAAAACAAUAUCAAUGCUGGUACUGCGAAACCUAACCAUCUGUCAGUGCAGAUAAGGGACAUUAUUGAUUCUCCCUGAUUAAGCAAAGCAGUGGUUCUGGUAGUGAACUCACUUUAACCCAAGAUCCAAUCACAGAAACAUCAAGCAUAUUAUUGAAGGUGCUUCCAAUACCAGAUUAAAUCAUCAGUUGAACAGAUAGCAUCUUAUUUGUCCUUCGAUAAACAAUACGUCCAGUGAUCGGCAACAAAAGGAUUUAUAUCUUACCUCAAUCCAUUACGCCUCCUCCUCCCCAGCCUCCACCUGCUUUUAAUGGGGAAGGGCAGCUUUCCUGCCCCCAUGCCCAUGGCUUUCCUAUGGUUAGCCUCUUUACUUAUCUGCAAGCUAAUUUAUGAGCAGGGGUACUUCAAAAGGCGAGGCCAAAGAAUGUAGUAAUGUUGCCUAGUGUGAUUUAAUAAAUAUUCUGUCGCAUGACUGAGUUUAUGUUCUUUCCUCCAGACAUAUCUUGCACGUCGGACCAGACCCCUCCCCCGUCACUAUGAAUUCAUGCAUUCUUUUUACUGUUGGGUUGUUUAAGGAACACAGACCUCUACCAAAGUUAUCUGGGUUUAAGUCUCAGAUCAGAUGCACUUCCCUUCGAUCUCCCUUAUAUAAAAGCAGCUUCAAACUUGGAAAUUGAACCAGAGGUUACAUUCGUUUUCCAAAAUGAGGACCACCAUCAAAGGCUCCCAUAUGUAUUGAUGCACAUACUGUGAUUGUAAUUCAGUAAAGCCUACCUUGUCAGCCGUGGUAUUUAAGAGCCGAAGUGACCAUUAUUAAAAAGACUAAUGCAAAUAUAAAUGUAGAAAUAUGGUAGCAUCCGUUUUAUCUCCUUUGUUAAUGGUAGGAUAGAAACUGAAAAUAUCGGUACCUACUGUAAGUGGAGAUUACUCAGAUAGUCACUGUACUAGCAACAGAAUGCAAUACUUCAUACUAAUUAAAUAGGAUGCAUUAUAAAUAGUGGCUUAUCUGUAGCAACUUGUUUCUCAGAAGAAGUAUUUUAUUCUUUAUAUGACCAAUUUUGGCACAAAAAAGAAAAUAGAUCUAUUAUUAAUGAUUGUGCAAAAUUAUUACAUUUUCUGUGAUCUUGCAUAACAUCCUAUCCCACAUUACCCUUUUUGUUUUGCUGUAACUUGGCAAAUCAAAAUGCUAAAUAAUUAAAUAAAUUAAUAGUAAUGAUAAAGUCUAUCCAGGUUUUAUUGUCCUUUUAAGCUAGACGUCAGCGUGACGAUAAUAAGCAGCCAUGUCUUGAUGAUGCUGUUGUUUAGCAGGACAGCUAUGCAAAGAGGUCUGCAGAAUUGUUUUCAUCAAACAGAAACGCAUGAAAGGAACUGUUCCACUGAAAAUUCCUAAUGCGUCUAGCAGAGAUGUAAAGGAAUGGCCAUGGGUUCAAGAGUCAAGCACUCCUUAUUAUAUAUUCUGCUGGACCUCAGACAGGUACUACCAGCAUAUAGUCAUAUAGACAACUAGACGGGCAUCAUUGUCGAGGAUCAGGCAGCCAUUAUGAUCAACUGUUACAUUGAUCAUUAAAUAAACAAGUCCUUUGAACGGCAGCUCACAUUCUCAAAACAAGCAAGAAUAAACCCUCUCCUGUUUGUCAGCUAAGCGUUUAGGAUGAGGUAAUUAUUGUUAGCCCCACGUGUAAACUGGUGACUCAGAAGGCUUGUUUUAAUCCCAGGAAUGCUGAUGUAAGCCGGUUGCAGUUUAUCCAUUCAGACGAUCUGCAUUCAUGCUGCUCUUAAUAUAAUGUGUAUGGGAUAUUGAAGUCAUGCUGUGCCUAGGUGCAGUACAUAUCCUAUGUAGUUCUUUUUUCAUCUGUAAACCAAAUAUGCAAUUAUCUGCUGAUACAGUUGAGACAGAAGUCAGGGUAGAAUGCAUUUGUUGCUAGACUAGUAACUACUAGACUAGACUGGACGGUUUUGCUGAGUUGUAGUUGCAAGCAACAUAUUCCUUUGUUUGUCAAUACUUUUAAAAGAAAAACAGACAUUUUAAAUAUGAUAACAGAUUGUGUAAAGAGGUGUAAUGGCUUUAACAGUUUGCCUAUUGUUAUGACAUGCCUGCCUCUACAACUUGUUUUAAAAAAAAUAAAUUAGUGACUUUAAAUAGUGAUUUUCUUUUUUUAAUUAAUACAGUAUUUAGCUGUUUUUAAAUUGAAUGUUUAUACAGAAAGUAAAUUCAUUAGUUCAUUAUAUUAAACCUAGUUAUUUAUUUUUAUCACGCAAUCAACUGAUGAAAACCGAACCUAUCUGGAGAGCAUCUAAAUUUAAACACAUUGAUUUGCUUUGCUUCAUUUGUUCUAGAUGUGUGUAAUAACAAGACAUUGGAAAUGGUCCUUAAAUAAUAAGUAUGUUUCUUCUGUUUUCCAAUUGCUGUAGACUGAAAAGCUCAUGUGGUUUCGUCGUUCAAGACAGGAGUGGGAGUCAUUAUUUUGGCUUCUCUGGCUUUAUACGGUACUACACAAUUGUCACAUGAUUUUCUGGAAUGAGAAAAUAUAUCAAACACCUGCUUGAGCAUGAUUUAUAUAAAUGAAUGACAGCUACAUUAAAAAAAAAAAAAUACGCAUUGUGAUGUUGACAUAUAAAGAUAUUUUCUGACAGAAAGACUACUGUGUUUCAAUGUCUUGAUUUACUUGCCAAAGACCAAACUGAAUAAGGCAAUUUGCUCUAAAUUAGAAGAGAUACCAGGAACAGUAUAUGGAGAAUAAUGUGUUUGUUUUUUUUUCUAGCUUGUUAGUUUAUGUAGACUUGGGUUUUGUGCAAUGUAGAAAAGGGAACCAAUUAUUACAACAGUUGUUAAUUACACGUUGAGGCCAGUAAACAGGCACAGGAAUACUAUUUCCAGUUUUUAAAAUACAAGACCGUCCGUUCUAAGAAUAAUAUUCAAGACAGCCGCUGGGUAAUUUGAUUGCACUAGCUGACGAAUGCAUUGCUAGGAGCUUUCCAAAGCCAGUGACAGGCAUUGGCCUCUGUUGGAUUGCAUCAUUUUGAUUAUCUCUGGCAAUGUUGUCAAGCACUUAUAACAACUUGUAUCUCUAGUCACUAAAUACGUUACGCUGGUGCUUUAAUGUUAUCCUGUGAAAACCUGUGGUUAGGGUCAGCUGAUUUUAGGGGCCUCUUGCUCUCAAAUGACAUCAACAUGUCUAAGCAGCUGCGCUUGUUCAGACCAGCUGACCGACUCAUUCAGAUUUCAAUGUAUAGAAAUUCAGCCAGCUGCUACCCUGUACAUGAAGUGCAGUUAAGUGCUUUUGCAUACUUUCAUUGCAUCAAUACGUUUUGGUGCCAAAAGCAAAACUACGACAUGCAUCCAAGCCUGUUCCCCUGCCCCGCUCAUUUCUUGAGCAUAGAGUUCUCAAAAACAUGAUAAAGAAGUCCUUGUAGCAUUUUAACACGGGAGAUAGGGGACUGCCAAGUAAUCCUUCUUUAAUCUGUCUCGUUUCAGACAGCUGAAACUGCUUUUGUAUCUAAUGCUAAACGUGUUUCAUUCACUUUCAACAAACCUUUUACUACUUUUGUUUUAUAAAGAAUAACUAUCCAUUUAUGUUGGUCACUAA